GAAGCAGAAUUUUUUUUGAUUGGGUAAUGAAAACCAAAAGGGGAUUUCUUGUUUGAUGGAAAUAAUUCGAAGAAAUAUAUAAAAAUUAUGACUUUUUUUUUUUCUGAAAAAACUCUCACACCUAAACAAAGGGAGGGAAAGAAACAGGUAAAUAAUAAUGAAAAACUGAUACGAUCUGAUGUGAUUAUGUGAAUUGCGAUAUAAACUCGUCAUGAAAUCCCAACCCCCAAAUUCACAGCUAAAACUGAAAAGAAGAGAGCGGAGAGGAAAGAGUGAAUUAGUGAGAAUCAUGUGAUUUACCAUACUUUGCCUUGCUGCAACCCUCUUUCUCUUUUCUCUCAUUUCUCUCUUUUUCUCUCUUUUCUUCUUCAAUUAAUACCCAUAAACGAUUCCAUAAACACCAAACGAAAAAACCCAUUUUGUUUGUUUGAUUUUUCUUUGUGUGUGUAGCAAUUUCCUUUUCUAAACGGUUUUAGAGUCAAGAGGUUGUUCUUCCCAUCUGGAUUUUGUUUGUUUUUUUUGUUCAAUGGCUUCCAGUGCUUCAAGGUUCAUCAAGUGCGUUACGGUUGGAGAUGGAGCUGUUGGGAAGACCUGCAUGCUCAUAUGUUAUACCAGUAAUAAAUUCCCCACUGAUUAUAUACCCACUGUGUUUGAUAACUUCAGUGCAAAUGUUGUGGUUGAAGGCACCACGGUCAAUUUAGGCCUGUGGGAUACCGCAGGUCAAGAAGAUUACAAUAGAUUAAGGCCAUUAAGCUACAGAGGAGCUGAUGUUUUCAUCCUUGCUUUUUCGUUAGUUAGCCGAGCGAGUUACGAAAACGUACUUAAGAAGUGGAUUCCGGAGCUUCAACAUUAUGCACCUGGAGUCCCGGUGGUGUUGGUUGGCACCAAAUUGGAUCUUCGAGAGGACAAAUUCUAUUUGGCUGAUCAUCCUGGAUUGGUGCCCGUAACCACUUUGCAGGGUGAGGAACUCCGUAAACAGAUAGGUGCGACAUAUUACGUCGAAUGCAGCUCAAAAACCCAGCAGAAUGUGAAAUCAGUUUUUGAUGCAGCAAUCAAGGUGGUUAUCAAGCCACCACAGAAACAAAAAGAGAAGAAACGGCCACACCGUGGGUGUCUCUUAAAUGUGUUCUGUGGAAGAAACCUUACGAGGCAAAGUUGAGAGGAGCUUUAUAAUAAAACAACAGAGGGUUGUUUGGGGGAGAAAAAUGAAGCGAAACUAGGAGAAAAUUUGCUUGUAAUAUUAGAAACUGUUUUUCGUUUUCUUUUUUACUACGUCUGAUUUGUAUUCAGUUUUAUAGUUUGUUUUUAGUGCUUCUGUUUGUAUACAAUUAUUUUGGGGGGAAGGAAAUGGCGUAAACUCAUGGUUUCUCUUUCUCCAUUUGGCAUACUCUGUAGGAUUAUAACUCAAAGAUGUUACAUUCAUUUUUAACAAACACUAUUCCAAAAGGAAAAUAAUCAGAAAAAAGAAUGUGUUA